AUGAACACUUCCGGUCAGCAGAUGCUCGGCCAACAGCCACAGCAGCAGCAGCAGCAGCAGCAACCACCGCCGUACGGUGGACAGCAGCCAGGAAUGAACAAUGGCAGCACUGGCACUUCCGUUUCCGCUUUCGGUCUUCCACCACUACCACAGCCACAGCCACAGCAAGCUCAACUUCAGCCAAUGGGAACUGGAGCGGUCCCUGUCUCCUCUUCCGGUUCUUCCUAUUUGAACCAACAACAACAACAACCGCCAGGCGUCUUUACCAGCCAAGCCAACUCGAUGAGCUCUAUCAAUUCUUCCGUCUCUGCCUCAGCUUCAGCACCCUUUGAACAGCAGCAGCAGCAGUUUAAUGGUCAGCCGUUUAAUAGUGGCGAUCCACUGAACCAACAACUGAACCAGCAACAGCAGCAACCGUUUCAGCAGCCAAAUACGUUUCAGCAGCAGCAGCAAAUGCAGCUUCAAGGUGGUCAGAUGUCUCUUGAUGGGCAGCAGCAGCAACCGUUGCCCGGUCAGCAGUCAUUUGACGGCUCUAACAAUAGCAGCGGUCUGAUGAUGGGUCAGCAGCAGCAGCAGCAUCAAAUGGAUCCCACAAAAAUGGUGGGCAGUCAAUUCGGUGGCCAGCAAAGCGGGCAUGGACAGCAGCAAGGACCGAUGUACGGCGGCGGUCCUGGAGCAGCGAAUGCCGGAUCAGAAGGCUUGAUGGGUGGAAGUCAGCCAACUUUUGGAGGAGCACUGAAUCAAGGUCCGAAUUCUGCUCUUCAGCAACAACAACAGCAGCGACAGCCUUCGCUUGAUCAAAGUACGGCUGAUCCAUUUGCAGCGCUUUCAUUUCCGCCGCCGGUGAGCAGCUCUGCAGCUGCUAGUAACAGCUCCUCCUCAAUGGCCAACCAACAGCAGCAGCAGCAGCAGCAGCAGCAAUAUCCAAUGGGCAGCCAACAACAACAGCAUCAACAGCUUCCACCUGGGUCACAAGGCUCAGCAAUCGCUCAACAGCACCAGCAGCAGCAGCAACUUCUUCAGCAACAAGGAUCGCUGGAUGCAUCGGGUAAUCAACUGCUGCUCUACGGCAACCAAACAACACAGCAGCAGCAGUUUGGAUUGCAGCCACAACCACAACAGCCCGUUG